CAGGACGUCCCUCGUGCCAUCAAGUUACUUCGUGCAGUCAUUUCCCUUGCAGAUAUCCAGCCCCCACCAUAUGACCUCCAAGCAGCCACCGAUCUUGCAGCAAUCCGUCUCCUCAGUGCUCUCUUCAAGUUCCUUCUAGACGCUUUCACCAACACCUCGCUCUCGCUCUCGCAGCAAGUUUCCUCUCUAUCAGCAUUUGCCCACCUCGCCUUCUCCCUAUUCCGCCAGCACCGUCGCCAGUUCACCCCUUACCCCCUCUAUUACGAUUAUCAGACGAUGAUCAAGAACUUUAUUUUCUGCAUUGUAAAGCAGGCCGCUCUUGACCCUUCCCAACCUGUCUGGAUCGGCGAUGCGGGCGAUGAUAAGCUAGAGGCCCUCUUUGCAUACCUCCGCAUGCUUGGCGGUCAUGACUCAGCGAUGAGCCUGGCUCAGCUUGAGGGUCGCCUUGGUGCCGCAUGCGACAUCAAGUCCACUUUUGACCGUCACCCUGAAUUGCUCGCUGGCUCUCGUCGCCUUCAAAUGAGCCGCAUAGAAGCUUCCGACCACCUUCGCCGCCGUCACUGGACUGGCGACCUCACUCCGGCAAACUGCAAUGUCCCCGCGUCUUGGCGUCACGGACGUUUGCAAGCAGUC